AUGACGGCCGAGAAGACCGACGACAAGCCCACCACCGCGGCCGGUGACCAGCAGCCGCCCAAGGAGACCAAGGCCGCCGCCCUGGGCGAGGACGACGAGUUUGAAGAUUUCCCCGUUGACGACUGGCCAGAGGACCAGACGGAGGCUGCGCAGAGCUCGGGUCAGACCAAGCAUCUGUGGGAGGAGAGCUGGGACGAUGACGACACGACGGAUGAUUUCUCGGCGCAGCUCAACGGUGGUGGUUUACUUGAUGAGGAUCGCAGCAGGCUAACCAUGUGCAGGGAGGAACUGAAAAAGGUCGAGUCCUCGAAACGGAGAUGA